GAAGGCUUGGCACAUUGACCUCGCCAAUCUAUUCACGAGACUAACGUGCCCAUCCCCCCUCUUCCAUUUGCUUCACAUAUAAGCGCCUACACACACAUAUGCACACACCUUCCUCGCUUGUUCUUUCUCAAUGGCUGAUCAUGGACGGCCCUACGAGACCACGCGUCGGAAAGGCGUUGGCAAGCCUACUGCCUCCGCUGUGGAAGAGUCCGACCAUGUUGUGGUGGCACCAAACCCAACCGCCCCUUGUGGAGCAUGCAAGUUCUUGAGGAGAAAGUGCAUAAACGGGUGCAUAUUUUCACCCCACUUUGGGUCUGACCAGGGUGCAGCCCGGUUCGCUGCCGUUCACAAGGUAUUUGGUGCUAGUAAUGUCUCCAAGCUCCUCUUGCACAUUCCUGUGCUCCGCCGCCACGACGCUGUUGUCACGAUCUCCUACGAGGCUCAGGCCAGGCUGUCAGACCCGGUUUACGGUUGUGUCUCCACCAUACUUGCUCUACAACAGCAGGUCGCGUCUAUGCAAGAAGAGCUAGCAAUGGUGCAAGCGCAACUAAUAAAUAGUAGACUUGCCAUGGCAAACACGCUACAAGAGCAGAACCACCAUUACUUCCAUAACCAACAACAACAAAUUGCGAUGCUCCAACCCUCGUACUCGAACAAUUCAUCGGCUUCCACAACAAAUCUGAUGAUCAACACGAGUACUACCUUCACUUCCAAUUUUGAUCUUGAAAAUGCACCAUCGGUUCCAUCUUCGCAUAGCAUGGAGCCAGUAGUACUCCAGCAACAGCAUUUCUCGAGGACAUUCCAAGACGAGGAGAGUCGAAUUCCUGUCACGUUUGCCAAUGAAAUGCUUCACCGAAGAGAAGUGCUAUAAAGUUAUCUUAAUCUCCUUGAUUUCUUAGUUUCUUUAGGGUUAUAAAGUUGUCUUAAUUUCCUUGCUUUCUGAGUUUCAUUUCUCUUUUUUUUUUCCUUGUACAUCAUACAAGUUUGUUAAUUAGACAUUUGAAUUGGGCUUAACGAUAGGCUAAAUUGAGUCAAA